CCGAUGUUUUCAAUGGAUUUAAGCCAGUUAGAAAUUAUGCGCCGGGAGGAUGAUUCGAUAAUUGCCGAUGGCAAGGUUCGAAUUACUAAGGCCUUGAACGCUCCCUUGAAGAUGUAUUACUACACCAAAAAACUGGAACGUGGCACAUGGAACCGGGGAGUCCUAAGUAGAGUUGUUCCGGAUUUCUGCGCAGCCAUGAAGCAUCCCUGGGAGCCGUGGUACAAUCUAACGAAAGAUAUGCCAUCGUGCCCUUUCAAAGCUGGGCAAGAGAUCGUUUUGGACAAGCUGCUGAUCGGUAAAGUGUGGGAAACAAUUCCACCGCACUUCCUCGGCGAAUGGAGAUUCUACAACGAAAUGACCACCCCCAGGGGAGGAAUUCCGGAGUCGGAGUGCAAAAUGAUGGAAGUUACUGUUCAGGAAAGCCCUUGAAAGCUUGAAAAAAUAAAUUAUCGAGAAAUUUUUCAGUCUCAAUAUAAAUUAGAUUCUUAGAAAAUUUUUACUGAAGUUGAUUAAAUUUCAAUUUGAUUUCCAAAUAAAAUUUCUCGCCAAUUAAUACAUUUAUUUGAACUUUUUUUACCAAAAUUAAUAAAUUUGAUGAAACGUCGUCUAA